AUAAAUGUUUCCAUUUCCUAUAUAAAUCCAGCACUCCCCCAACAAACUUGAAGAGAAUUUACACUCCUCAUCCAUCCUGUCCCUCCAACUCAAAACGCACAAGAAGAAGAAGAAGCAACAAUAGAGUUAACAUGCCUGCAAGCUUUAGUUUAGAGCCGUUGGAUAUCUCGGUGCAUAUUCCUCACCAUUUCCGGUGCCCGAUCUCGCUCGAGUUGAUGCGCGAUCCGGUCACCGUUUGUACCGGUCAGACGUACGACCGCUCAAGCAUAGAGGCCUGGGUGGCCACCGGCAAUACCACCUGCCCUGUUACAAGGGCGCCGCUCACGGAUUUCACUCUCAUUCCCAACCACACCCUCCGCCGUCUCAUCCAGGAUUGGUGCGUCGCCAACCGCUCCUUCGGAGUAGAGCGGAUCCCCACUCCCAAGCAACCGGCCGACCCGGUUUUGGUUCGUACUUUGCUCCGGCAAGCUGCUUCCGGUCCCUACAGCCUCAGAGUUUCCGCGGUCCGGAGAUUGAGAUCGCUCGCGCGUGACUCCGAUAAGAACAGGAUCCUUAUCGCCGCCAACAACGCUCGUGAGGUUUUGAUGUCCAUCGCGUUCGCGGAUGUAGGCCUGGAUUUGCGCCAUGACUCGCUAGCGGUGCUGUCGGUGUUAGCCCUAUCGGAAGAGGAGUGCGUGCGCGUCGCUUCCAAUUCGGAGCGGGUCGGAUUUCUGGUCAAUUUACUGUUUCAUUCGUCGAUCGACGUUAGGGUUAAUUCGGCGGCGGUUAUCGAGAACAUCGUGGCGGGAAUCCGCUCGCCUGAGCUUCGGGCGGAGAUCAGCGGCGCCGACGGAGUGUUCGACGGCGUCGUCGGCAUUUUGAAUUAUCCUUUCAUUCACACGCGCGGGUUGAAGAUCGGGAUCAAGGCGCUGUUUGCGCUGUGUCUGGUGAAGCAGCACCGGGGCAAGGCGGUGGCUGCGGGGGCGGUGGACGCGCUGAUCGACAGGCUGGCGGAGUUCGAGAAGUGCGACUCGGAGAGAGCGCUGGCGACCGUGGAGCUCCUCUGCCGGAUUCCGUCCGGCUGCGCGGCGUUCGAGUCGCACGCGCUGACGGUGCCGCUGCUGGUGAAGAUAAUACUUAAGAUAUCCGGCCGCGCGACGGAGUACGCGGCGGGGGCUCUGCUGUCGCUCUGCUCGGCGUCCGAGAGGGCGCAGCACGACGCGGUGGCGGCUGGCGUGCUGACGCAGCUGCUGCUGCUAGUGCAGAGCGAUUGCACGGAGAGGGCGAAACGUAAAGCGCAAAUGCUGCUCAAGUUGCUGCGGAACUCCUGGCCCGAUGCUUACUUCGCAAAAACAGAUGAUUUCGCCGGAAGCGAGGUCGUUCUUUUUUAAUUUAUUUUUUUCCCUUCAUUUGAGGAUUAAAAAGCCUCUUAAUUUUUGUAUCGGAGAGAGGUAAAUUGCAAAAGUUUUAGAAAAAUUGAUAUAAACAGAAAUAGAUCAAGAGUUGAGAGUAUGAAUUAGAUAGCGGUACAUAAGGAAAGCUAAUUUGUGAGGAUUUUGUAAUUAAGAUUUGUUUUCCGACGAAAAUAUUAAAUUUUCUGCUGAA